UUUUAUUUUUGAGCACAUUCAGCAUCAAGCUGCCAACUAAAACUUAUCAAUUUAUUAUUUUAUAAAUUCAAUCAUUGUUAUUUUUACAUUAUAAUUAAUUGAUUAAUAAAAUAAUUAAUCAUGGCAACAAACAAAAAAAUUGAAAAAUCAGAAAGUGUUGAUACAAUAAUGUAUGAAGAAAAAAGACAAUUAAGUGAGGAUUUAUGUGAAUUAUCUACGAGUGAACUUAAACAUGUUGAAAAAAUUAUAAAAAUAAAUGAACCAGAAUAUGAUACAAAAUUAUUUGAAAUUUCUGAUUUGAAAUUAUCAACACUACGAGAAGUUCAAAAUCAUAUUCGUGUAUUACGUAUAAUAAAAGAAUCAGUGACAAGUAAUUCAAAUAAUCAAACAAAAAAAACAAUUGAUGAAAAAAUUGUUGAUGUAGCAGAUAGAUUAUAUCAAAUUCGUAAGACAAUGUUUCGAGUUUCUGAAAAAACACUCUCAAAAAAGAAGUAUAAAUAUUCUGAAGAUGAUGAUGAUUCAUCUUCAUCAAGCGAUACAUCAAGUGAUACAUCAUCAAGUUAUGCAUCAUCAAGUAAUACUUCAUCUUCAGAUGAUGGAGCAGUCCGUUUUGAUUGAAAAAAAAAAUUAUCAAAAACAAUCAGUAUAUUAUUUUGAUAAAAAUUCAAAU